CAAUCCUAUUUACCUUCAGAUUAUCAGACAUUUAACUUUCAGUUUCACUAGUGUUAAUUUACAACCUGCGUGUAGUUUAUAGCAGAGUCCAAAUCGGGGACACAUUGUUAGCGGAAGUGACUGAGACCUUAAACAUUUAUUCAGCAGCAGUGAAGAGCAGAGUAUGGCGUUUCAGGUGUCUAAAGUGUCCGCUCGUGUUUGUGUUUGGAGUCGCAGCUUUCAUGCGGGCUUCAAAGCGCAGUCCUGCUCCGGUGUUUCCCGUAAAGCAGACCGGUUUGAGAAGCUUUCCACAGCCGCAAUGUGUGUUCCCCGGCCCGGCUAUGCUGCCGUGAAGGGUCUGCGGGUUGUGCUUUGCGCUGCGGGGGUCUCGGCGGCGGCGUGCGCGGCCCUGAGCACGAGCGCGAGCACGCUUUAUGCCAUGAGCGCGCGACCCGAGCUGAACCUGGAGUCUGACAGAAGCGACUGGAAACAGACGAAGACUAAGCUUUGCUCCAUGGAUAAGCAGAGGAGAAGGGAACUGUACAGGGUUGACUUCAUUCCUCUGGAGGAUGUUCCUGUCUGGAGUCCGUCAGGUGACUCUUCUUAUAAACCUCGCUAUGAAGUCAAUGAAGAGCUAAAUAUGAAAGUGUCUCUGUUCGGCGGUGACAUCACAAAGCUGGAGAUCGACGCCGUUGCCAAUGCAGCUAACAAGACACUUCUUGGUGGAGGAGGAGUGGAUGGUGCCAUUCACCGUGGAGCUGGUCCUCUGCUGCGGAAGGAAUGCGCCACUCUGAACGGCUGUGAAACGGGGGAGGCCAAGAUCACCGGAGCCUACGGUCUGCCAGCGAGAUAUGUUAUUCACACCGUGGGGCCGAUAGUCCAUGAUUCAGUGGGAGAGAGAGAAGAAGAAGCGCUGAGAAACUGUUAUUAUAACUGUCUGCACACAGCAACUAAACACCACCUGCGGACUGUGGCUUUUCCCUGCAUCUCUACUGGAGUUUACGGAUACCCACCUGAUCAAGCAGUCGAAGUUGCCCUGAGAACAGUGAGAGAAUACCUGGAGCAAAACCCAGAGAAGCUGGACCGGGUCAUCUUCUGUGUGUUUCUGAAGUCCGAUAAACAGCUCUACGAAAAUCUUUUACCUGCAUACUUCCCUCAAGGUUCACCGCCAAAGAGCAAAUUAUGAGAGGAUGUCAGAGUUGCUGUGGAAACGCCACCCAGCCACUGCUUUUCCGCCACAUCACAGCCUCGCUAUUACCUGAUGCAGACGCCGCAAACAACAACAGCAACAGCUUCCUGACACACACACCAUCUGAUUUAUUCACAUCAAGCAAACCAGCGCUGCACCGAAGACACGCUAUCAGCUUACCAGUGGGGAAUCAAAUUGUCAUCGAUUUUGUGCUGAUGUUGAUAACAGUGUAGGCUUACAAAUGCUGCUUCACACAAUAUUUCAAGUCAGACGGUAAAGAAGUGUUUGUUAGUUAACACUUUUCAUUUCUGUGUGAUUCACGGGUGUUUUCUCUUUAUUUAUGGGUAUUAAUUGCAUUAUGGGACCUUGAUUUCUGCUCUGUUGACUUCUGAUGUUGAAAGUUCAAUCGUGUAGUUUAACAAAGUGACUUAUUGAUAUUUUAGAAACAGUAUAAUGUGUAAAAAAAUGACAUAUGUAGAAUUAAUUCUGUAACGUAACCAAAAAAGAUGAUUACUUUUAUACCUUAGUUUAAAAACACCAACCCAGACUAUUAUUUCAAACUAUUAAAAAUGUCUAUAUACUUCUUUUUCCAACUUUUCAACAUCAAAUGGAGGAAAUAUCAAGCUUCCAGAGUGUAAUAAAUAAAAUGUAUAAAUGAAAAGGCAAAACAUGAAUCACAAAAUAUGGAAGACUGUUCAUUUGUGGGUGUUUUUAUAGUGUCUGCUGUAUGCCUUUCAGUUGAAUUCGGUUUAGUUGUACAACAUUAUACAACAAAGUUCUGUCUGGUGACCGAUGAACAAUGACAAAGAAGUAAAUUGAAUUGAACUGAAACGAAUUGAAUUGAAAUGCAUGCAUGAGACUGCCUCGGUGAAGUCUUCUGUAUUUUACAUUCGAUUUAUCUAGAAGUCAGAGCUGUUCGAACACCUUCAAAAAUGCAUCUUUCAUGGAUAAGUGAACUGUAAUUUUACACUCUCAGAAAUAAAGGUGCAGCAGCUGUCACAGGGGUGAACACCGUUUUACCUAAAGGAAUACACUCAAAAAGUGGCGUUUGCUGCUUGAUCAUACUACUUACGGAUUUAAAGUGAGUACACUAUAAAAAAAAAGAGUUGACUCAACUAAAACAUUUUAAGGCAACAAACUUUAGGACAUUUUUGAGUUGAUUCAACUUUCAAGCCAAUUACUGCACUUUGCUCGAUUUUAGUGAACUCAAAAAUGUCCUGAAGUUUAUUGCCUUAAUUUUUAGUUGAGUCAACUUGUUGUGUAGAAACAAACCAAUUUGGUAACAACUAUAAUAACUACACACUAUGAAUCAUUUAUUAAGCAUUAGCAAAUAGUGAAUUCACUAUCUGUUAAGCAUUAACUUUACAUUAGAUGUUUCAUUGAAAAAAAUUAUUCAAAGAUGAUUCCUUGGAUUUACUCAAUUUUUGUUAGGUUAAGUGGUUGUAAACAAUUUAAUUGGGCUGAAUUUAAACAAACAAAUUAAGUUGAACAUUAUUAAAUUUAAUUUGUUUGUUUAAAUUCAACACAAAUAAAUUGUUUGCAACAGUUUUGCAUGCAACACUUU